CCAGUUGUCAUGGAAACGUAGACUACGGAGUUCGUGCGUUGGCAAAAGUCAAUUCAGAAUCGGUGAAAAAAAUUGACGUUGAGGACCAGCUAACGUCAUAAAUAAUAGUAAUUACCGUUGCAAAGAACUUACGAUGACCGCGCUCACAGGUACCAAUGACUCAGUCGACCAGUCUUCUCUGCUUUGAGAACUUGUGUAAAUUGCAACGUGCAAAUGAAGAUGAAUCGGUACAUUACAUUGAAUCAAUUAGGAGAUGGAACAUACGGGUCUGUUGUACUCGGCCAAAGGAUUGAUACAGGAGAAAAAGUUGCAAUCAAAAGAAUGAAACGAAAAUACUAUUCCUGGGAGGAAGCGAUGAAUCUACGGGAGGUCAAGUCACUGAAAAAAUUGAGUCAUGCAAACGUGGUGAAGCUUAAGGAAGUAAUACGAGAGAAUGAUAUUUUGUACUUUAUUUUUGAAUACAUGAAAGAGAAUCUUUAUCAACUGAUGAAGGACCGCGACAAACUGUUUCCUGAACCAGUGAUCAGAAAUAUGGUUUUCCAAGUCUUGCAGGGUUUGGCUUUCAUGCAUAAGCAUGGUUUUUUUCAUCGUGACAUGAAGCCUGAAAAUUUGCUGUGCAUGGGACCCGAACUGAUCAAAAUUGCUGAUUUUGGUUUAGCCAGAGAAAUCAGAUCUCGGCCCCCCUACACCGAUUAUGUGUCAACUAGAUGGUACAGAGCACCAGAAGUCUUGCUACAUUCUACAACUUACAAUAGCCCAAUAGACAUAUGGGCUGUUGGUUGCAUAAUGGCAGAACUAUACACUUUCAGACCGUUGUUUCCUGGCAAUAGUGAAAUCGAUGAGAUAUUUAAAAUCUGUUCUGUAAUGGGUACGCCAGACAAGGACGACUGGCCGGAGGGUUACCAGUUGGCUGCGGCCAUGAACUUUAAAUUUCCAAACUUUAGUCCAAUGUCUCUGAGUAAACUGAUACCAAACGCCGGUCAAGAAGCUGUAACGCUUAUGGAAGAAAUGUUGAGAUGGAAUCCUGUCCAACGACCAACUGCGCAGCAAUCGUUGAGGUAUCGAUACUUCCAAGUAGGCGGCCCCCGGCAAAUCUCUAGCAAAAAAAUGGCCGUAGGAUCUCAACAAGAACUAGUUCUCAACAAAGUCAAUCUACCUACCUCUAUAAUUGCUGCAAACGGUGGUUAUAAUCAAUCUGAAACAAUCAACACCGUAGUUCAAACUAGGCUACAAGAAAAAGUUCCCGUACAACAGCCGGUGAUGCCAUUGUAUGCUCGCAAUAACAACAGCAACAUUAAUAACAAUAAUAAUAGUAAUAACAACAACAACAACAACCGAAAACGAGAGAAGAAUCCGAUAAAAUGGGAGGAAGACGAAUUUGCGGAUCUUUUGGGGGGUAAGAUUUUACCGGACAACUCGACUACCAAGUUGUUACCAGAUCGAGUUUAUAAAGAAAAUCGUUCUAACUGGAACACGAAUUACCCGAACAAUCACCAGGAAGGCACGAUCAAACAAAUCAAUACAAAAUGGACGCAGCCUGCCUGGAAUGAGUCGAUUCCAGGUACGAAUUGGACGAGAGGUCAAUCAACGAUGAAAAGUUCAACUCGCAAAGUUUCAGCGAAGCAACAUUACCUCGGCGUAGCGAGAUACAUCGCUGGACAAAGUACCGCGCUACCAACCAGAAACGGUGACGCAGAUGUUGCUAGACCUAGAGUAACUUUGAACGGCAUUAUCCCUCCAGCUAUCGAAAACUUGGAUGAGACUUUUGAGAGUUUCGGUGGAUCUCAAGACGCGAUUGAGAACCAAGCAAAACAGCAUUAUCUUACUCGUAGUCGUUACGUUGCUGGUCAGAGCACAAGGAUGCCAUAUCCCAGCGUCUAUGGCACAACUUCCAUGGGUAAUUCAGUCGAAGCAACGAACAAGACUUCCCUCCAGUCGAACCUGUUUGGAAGUGUUUUGAAUGCUCGAUCGAGUGGUGGAUUGCAUGGUAGGACAGAUUGGGCUGCGAAAUAUUUGAAUUAAUCAUCAAAACUUUGAUAUUCUACAUUACAAAUGGAUGGAUCGGAGUAAAAUAUGUUAGAACAUAGUAUUUCUAGAUUAGUCUAGUAGUAGUAGAGAAUAGAUUAUUUACCCAACUGUGAUAGGACCUGUAUUUGAUGUUUUAUUUUCUUAAACAUAAUUGUAUUGUGUAUGUAUUUAUGUAUAUGUAUCAUGUAUGAUGAUGUAAUCCGUAUAGAAACUAGAGGAUGAGGGAUAUUCAUUGAUUGUAAAGAGUAAUAAUCAAAUUAGUACGUGAAAAAUAAUAAUCUGGUCUACUAAUCGCGAGGUAAAUGUAUAAGAAUGAAAAGAAAACUCACUCGAAAGCUCGGUGUAGUAGCCUUUGCAGUCUAGUCGAUAAUCAAACUUAGUAUUUAGCGAAAACAGCAAAAAAGAAAUUCACAAGCGUCCUUUAAACAUGCGCUUAAUAUAACGUACUUACUAAUUGUUCACAUAUUUGUAAAUUGAGUAUCUAGAUUACUGAAAUGGUCUUAUGGAGCUGAUUUAUUGACGGUUAAAGAGAUAUUCUGUAUAAGAAAAAAACCAUUAUGUAAGUUGCCUGUUUACAUUAUUGAUAAUAAACAUUUCAAUCAUUUCAAAA